GCGCGGUGUCACCCUCCCGCACCCACCAGCUCCGGCACAUAAAGCGCGUGAGUCACCCCCCCCCCCCCCCCCCCCAAACAAAGUGUUCCGGAUUGUCCCGACUCUGCACUUCAUGGAUGUUUCAACACUCCAGCAUCCUCAGAUCGGUCCACAUCAGCGGGAUUAAACCUGGGACGCCGGAACACGCUCUGCUCGGUUGCUGCACAGUGGUGACGGUCACUGGAGGAAGGCGUUGCCAUGGCGAACAGAGGGCCCAGUUAUGGACUGAGCCGAGAGGUGCAGGAGAAGAUUGAGCAGAAGUAUGACCCGGACCUGGAGCAGCGGCUGGUGGACUGGAUAGCAGCACAGUGUGGAGGAAACCUGGAGAAGCCACAGCCUGGGAAACAGAACUUCCAGAACUGGCUGAUGGAUGGAACAAUUCUCUGUAGGCUUAUCAACAGUCUUUACCCAAGAGGAAAAGAACCCAUCAAGAAGAUUCCUGAGACUCAAAUGGCCUUCAAACAAAUGGAGAAGAUCUCACAGUUUCUGCAAGCGGCAGAAGCUUAUGGAGUCACAACUACAGACAUCUUUCAAACUGUGGACCUCUGGGAGGGAAAAGACAUGGCAGCAGUGCAAAGAACUCUAAUGGCUCUGGGAAGCGUGGCCGUCACCAAGGACGACGGCCAUUACAAAGGAGACCGAGACUGGUUCCACAGGAAAGCUCAGGGGUAUCGGCGAGAGUUCACCGAAGAACAGCUGCGUCAGGGCCAGAGUUUAAUCGGUCUGCAGAUGGGCAGUAAUCGGGGCGCUUCCCAAGCCGGAAUGACGGGCUACGGCAUGCACCGUCAGAUCAUCUAGACCACUCCUGACUAAUCAGCUAUACCCAGCUUAGAGAACUCUUUCUAUUGCUGCAAAUGUUGCAGUCACAAGCCUUCCUAGCCUUUAUGAUCACAUGCUAUAUUAACCUCAGUUUCCCUGUAAUUGCUGCUGCUCCUCACCAUGCUGUCCGCAUCUUAAAACAAGAUGUCAGAUGCUGUAGAUGUCUUUCAUCAUGCUGUCGUCCUCUUUGCCCUGUGACCACAUUCUAUUCCAGCUCCAGCUUGGUUAUCUUACUUUGCUUACCCAGUAUGUCCAAAUUAAUAAUAUGAUCAUUUCAGUUUUUCAUAAUAACACGUCAGUGUUGUACACAUUUUUCCAAGUAGUACUAUAGGAGAG